AGGCUCGAUGGAGCUCGUUCUCUACACACAUCGCUCCCCAGAUGUCAUGGAGCACCUGUUUCAUCUUGCUGGUCUCAUCCCAGAUAGGGUACCGGUCCCACUGCAGGUUCACGAUUACAUUCUCAAGGCUCGUCCACAAUACACGAUAGUACAGACGUCAUCCACAACACGCAAGCGCCCGUUGCCUGCAGAAGAAAUUGGAUCAGAAUGCGAUGAUGGGAGUCGCGAAAGUCAUCCUUUGUUUGAGUUAAUUAAACGACGUGCCCUUGAAGUUCCCAACCUGCCCAAUACGUCUCCAACAUUCGGCGAUCUGGGUGAUAUGGAUGUGCACCGAUGGGAAGAGGUCGGCGUUCAAGGGGUGCAACCGCCAACAGCUCUUAAUAACGCCUUAACCGGAAGCUUGAACGUACACUAACGGCUCCCUAUACGCUGACAUCAGAGUUCAGUCAGGUGUCAUGGUCGAAAGUUGUCAGGCUAUUCCGUUGGGAGAACCAUUCUAAUCGCGUAAAGAUUUUGCUGUGCAGAAUGAUUUGGUCAUAUCAGCCAAAAGAUUUUGAGGCCAGCGAAGUGAGUACCCGUGAAUUGAAGGCUGAUUGUAAUAUGCUGCUGUUUUGACAUCCGAUAGAAAUUCUUAACCCAUACCUGAGUGGUCUUGAAAUUGAGGAAGUAAGCCUCUAAUCUGAUUCUGUUUGAUUAGAAAAUGUUGGGCCUUCGUUAGUUUUUUGAACAAACAGUAGUCUGGCGACCGUUCGCUAAUCCGAUAUUCUGUGAUGGCCGAGGUUUACAGACAACGACCUCACUAUUAUUAUUGCUACACGAUUGUAGUUGUUGUAUUAUGAUUACUGUGACUCGAAACUAAGCAUAUACAUUACAUAUAUGAUAACGAUGCUGAUAAUGAUUCCGAUAACAGAGGCUAAGAAAGCGACGGCAGAAAGCAACAUAUGUAUCAUAUUAUCACAUUGAGGAUGAGACUGCAAAAUACAUUUAGAUUCGUUCUUCCUUCUUGAAGAAAUGGCGACUAUGACUCCGCAACCCAUACUUUCCUAAAGAUCUUCCACCGUGUAUCUGUCUCCCACCAACUGAUUAUCUCCCAUUCGCUCAGUCAGGCAAAAAUGGCUGACGAGGAAAGACACUCCUCACCAACGUCGCUAAUCGGUUUUAUUUGAAUCAAUAGCCAAGUAAGAAUAUCCUCCACAAAGAGAGCUACCCGCAUGAAUUUUGUUUCUAUGUUUUUUACCUCUAGUCGACAAGCAAUGCUAUUAACCAAUGCGUACGUCCAAAAACAUUAGCGUAUACGAGCUCAGCGUAUUAUUUGACUUUUAGAUUUUCGCACUCGUCUGUGCUAAGAAUAAAGUUGUGCGUAUAAAAAAAACCGUAUACAAAAAAUGCUACUGACAAAAUGUCGCAGUUGCCAUUCAGUAGCUGAAGUUCUACACACUCGCAAUUAAUAGAACUAAACACACCUUAGUGAUACCAUAAAAACUAAGUUCUACGUGAGUACCUAAUUUUUAGUUCGUAGAUCGUUGUACCUAUUUUUUUUUUAGGAAAAACCAAAUGUGUUCGAUACGUCAAUUGUUUCCGUGCUACUCUAGGCUGUCCUUAAAGGCGUGACCGGGAACGAAAACUUGCGCCCGUUAUAAAUGUCUGGUGACAUUAUUCUUAUUAUUAUCUCACAAUGAAUAUAUUAUAAUAUAAAUGUAAUUACGUAUUUAUGAUUUUGGUUCAGCUGUUGUUCGGUUUAGUAAAGGAUUCACAGGUUGCUUAACCCCUAAUAUAUACAAAAAAAAAAACAAACUAUUGACGUAGCCGUGUGAUGAACGACGGAUGGGAAUACGAAUAAUACUAGUUAUUAUUAGUUAUCAUAAUAAUAUGAUCUGACAUAAAUUAAGUUAUACCAAGUAUAUAUAUAUAUAUAUAUAUAUAUAUAUACAAUGCAAAAAGGGUGAAGUCGUGCCGAGGUUACAAA